AUGAAGGUCACGAAACUGCAAGUUCUUCAGUCGAUAUCUCCGGUACUUACUUUUCUCUUCGGUUUCGGUGGUGCUAUUUUGGCUAAAUUUGUCAAAACGCGACGUCUGUUGACCAGCUUGCUGAACUUAGCUGCAGCAGGAGUGCUAAUAGCUGCUGGAGCUGUCGACCUCUUGUCAGACGGCAGAGACAUUCUAAGCUCAGUAAUAGCAGACAUUCAUGGUUAUCCUCUUUCAAACCUCAUUGCAUUCUCUGCUCUCUUGUUGUUGCUCAUCGUCCAUGCCAUACUUAAGAGACACACUGCAGAGCAGCCUCCUAUUACAUCUGAGUCGUGUCCUGUAUCUCCAACAGGAGGCAGUGACGUCCAAACGUGUAAUACCUUACACAGCGAUUCAAACAGAUUUAUUCAUUCUCAAGAAAAAUCAAACGAGGUCACAGAGGAUUUGGUGGCUCUUCGGUUGAAAUCUGGCAGUCUAACGUCUGCUGUGGUCUUAACUCUUGGUCUUGGCUUUCAUUCUUUUCUUGCUGGCCUUGCACUCGGAGCUCAGACUGAUAUCUCUCACCUUUUGAAGAUUCUUGGUCCAAUCUUGGCUCAUAAGGCCUUGGCGGCGAUGGCACUCGGAUCUAGUCUGAUUAGAGCUGAUGUGGCUCACCAUGUUUUUAUUACCGUUGUGACUCUCUUUAGUCUUACAACUCCAGUUGGAAUCACUUUGGGUACAGCAGUUCAGAGUAUGACGGAGGAAAUUAUGUGGGAAGGCGUGUGUCUUUGUCUCGCUGCUGGGACAUUUUUCUAUAUAGCAGUAGUUGAUAUUAUACCAGAGUCUUUGAAUGUUACAACGUCAAAUUUGGAUUUUGUUGCACAGAUAGUAGCUCUACUGGUUGGAUAUGGACUUAUGGCCGCUUUAAAUAUUUGGGUGUGAUUUAUUUCAGUAUUGAAAUUUUAUUCAA